AUGGAUCGCCAUGUUGUACUAGACUGGUACAAUAACCUAGACUCUCGAGUCGUGGACCUCGUCGGUGAUUUUGUUGGUGACGAGCUUUUCAUAAUCGAAGGAGAUUCGCUUCUACUCCAAUGCUUUUCCAACGAGAAACUUGACUUCAGCCCGGGUUUCCAGGUCUUGCAUGCAACCUACCUUGCCGAGAAGUUGUUACAAAAGCUUCAACAGCGCAAGUGUUUCUUUGAGCUUGUCUUUUUCGCAGAGAAUGCCCCGUUAUGUAUUCCCAAAGGAGUCCACAGAGAUUUUCACCCAAGGUACCUCCUUGCCCGAGAGGCAAUCAUACAACAUCUUGUCUCUGUUCGCGUCCAACCAUCACAAUUCUUCCAAGCCUUGAGGUUUGAUAGCUUCCAGUCUGAUGAGUUCAAAGCUCAUCUGAUAAGCUCGGGGGCAUACUUGUUCAUGUGUCAUGACGGCGCGUUUUCCGACCACAAGGAUGAUACUGCUAGUGAUGUCGACAGCAGCGAUUCUGAAAGUGAUUCAGACAGCAGCGACUUCGAAGAUGGUGACCAAAAAGAUUCUUUUGUCGAUAAUCGAGGCGAGAUCUCAAGAUUUAAGCUCCGCACGAUGAUCUACUGGUUUGUUGUCCACGGAUACAACCUUGCUCUCAUCAAUACUCUCGAGUUCCGUGACACAAAGGUCAUGGCAAUGGUUAUUGAAAGCUCCAUCAAAACGAAUCCCUUGCCGACUAGCCCCGAAACAGACGAUCCUAAAAAGCUUGGUCAAAACAAGACUGAUCCUAAUCAUCUGUGGGACUCGCUCUCCCAAUUAAAAAUUGAAGACAGCCAAGACCAAGCGGAGGAUGCACCUGAAUACGACUCCGUUAACAACGAACAGUCAAAUCAGGCUGAAACAGACAAGAUCCUCGAACAGGCACUUCUUGAGAAGCCUGGGCUGUCGCAACGCGAAUGUCUUGUGGUUGUUACACUCAGCUCCAUGCUUUUGGGUGACGUUGCGGACAACCUCGAAAACAAGAUUGGAGCACAGUCUAUGCUUUUGCACAUUGUACUUUUGCAAAAUACCCAACUAUCGGAUCGAUCGAUCCAAACCACUGCACCUAGAAACUUGAAAUUUUUUAACGAAUUUGUGAAAACAGCGAAGUCUUUGCUCAGCUCGAAGCUUUGGGAAAAAGUAGUGAAGGACCACAACUUACCUUGCGAUCUUUCUGACCUCAUAGAUGGAAGAUUGUUUUUCGAAGUCCAGCGGAUGGUCGAGAAAUUGGGUAUCCAAAGCCUAAUCUCAUCGGCCACACUAUCACCGUUCAACAGCCUUGCGUGUCUGCUGGACCGCAUUUGUGGUACAACACUGCAAUGUGAAACGGCUGGGAAAGCAGGAGCUGGCUCUGAAGACGCCACUCAUGGAAGUAUCUCCAAGCCCCAUGGCUUUGAAAAGGUGCUUCCAUUUAGCAAUGCAGUCUUCGAUAAUAUUUUGAAGCCUGUUCAUCUCGAAGUCGAUGAAUCUGUCGAUGCGAAGAGUGAUGGCAAAAGUUUCAAGGAGUUCAAGGAAGACAGCCAUUGGCAUAGUUCGAGGCCCCUUGAUCAAAAGAAAGUCAUUCUAACGCCCCAAGAGGUUGAGCGAAGCCACAAACGGAACCAACGUUUCAUGGCUGAGAUGAGAGAUUAUGCUGCAAGUCUCUCAGGAUCACAGCCGGAGCCGAUCGUUGUUGAAUCUUCCAGUACUUCACGCCAGAAGUCUCACCAAACCCCUUCGGCAAACAGAGAUAUUGGAACCCACUCGGCGGCUUCGAAAUCAGACAAGAAGUCUCACUCUAAGUCUGGUAAACCAUCCACCAAGGAGAUUGCCGCAGCAUUCGUUCAUCAAAAAGCAAUGGAAGUAACCCAAAAGCAAAGACAGAAGUGGAAAAACAUGUAUAAUGACGAAUUCGCUCUCAUUGACGAUCUUGUGACUCGUUUUACAAGGCUCAACGGAUACUUGACUAGUCUGCCCAAAGAUAGUCGACAGGUUUUGGAACCUGAAAUUUUGACUUGCAUGAUCGAUACAUUGCUUCGACUUCUCUUUGUCGAACGCACGAAUGUGCAGAGUAAAAAGCACAUGUUGAUCGUGACACGUAUUUGGGAGAUCGUCACUUCUCUCGCGAAAAUCAAGCAAGGCAUCUCAUCUGAUAUUGUCGCAUAUGUUUCGACAGUCUGUCAAAUUCUUGGUUUGCCAGCUGCUCAGCUUCAUGCCGACAGUGAACAGCCACUGUCUUUCCCGUCGUUCAAGAUCCCUAAAUCAGCACCUAGCAUGAGUAUCGAGAUGAGCCCAGUUGAAUUCCAGCUUAAACACGGUGGACCUUUCAUGGAGCGCAGCAUAGACUCAGUGCCCGACUCCCGGACGCCUGAUUUUGCGCCCGAUCGCUGGCAGCGUGAAGUGUUGGACCAGAUCGAUGCAAAGAAGAGUGCAUUCAUCGUCGCUCCAACGAGUGCAGGAAAAACAUUCAUUUCCUUCUAUGCGAUGAGACAGAUCUUGAAAGAAGAUAAUGAUGGAAUUCUUGUUUAUGUUGCCCCCACAAAGGCUCUUGUCAAUCAGAUCGCAGCCGAGGUGCAAGCCCGAUUUUCUAAGUCAUUCCCAGCCAAAACUAGUGGAAAGUCCGUUUGGGCCAUCCACACAAGAGACUAUCGUAUCAACAAUCCCCAGGGAUGCCAAAUUCUCAUCACGGUUCCUCAGAUUCUGCAGAUCAUGCUGCUUAAUCCCUCUAACGCCAGUGCAUGGACUCCCCGCUUGAGGCGUAUCAUCUUUGAUGAGAUCCAUUGUAUUGGCCAGGCUGAGGAUGGUGUCGUCUGGGAGCAACUGCUUCUGAUGUCGCCAUGCCCAAUUAUCGCCCUCUCAGCUACCGUCGGAAAUCCCCAGGAAUUCUACAAGUGGCUAGGUCUUGCCCAGAAAACCAAUGGAUUCGACCUCAAGAUGAUCCAGCAUCAGCACCGUUAUUCAGAUUUGCGAAAGUACGUGUACGAGCCUAGUGGUGACUUCUCGUUCAAAGGCUUUUCCAAUACCCCUAGCUUGGCCCGUUUAGGCCUAGAUGCAGCAGACGAUAUGACAUUCGUGCAUCCUGUCACCAGCCUGCUGGACCGCUCCAGAUCGAUCCCAGAUGAUCUUGACUUUGAGCCACGUGACUGCUUCACUUUGUGGAAAGCGAUGAAGGAUCUUCAAACAAAGCAGUUCCCCGUUGAUCCAUCUCUGGAUCCGUCCAUAUUUUUCUCGAACAUUGUCAUCAAAAAAGUGCACAUCAUAGAAUGGCAGAGACAACUCAAAAUGGUGUUGGGAGAGUGGAUGAAAGACCGAGAAUCCCCAUUCGAGGCGCUUUUGCUCAAUCUUGACCACCCAACAGGGUUCGUAUUAGAAAAAGAAAUGGACUUGUCGAAACAGGUAUCUCGGAUGAACGGCCUAUCGGAAACACUGAACGAUAACCUACUCGACACAACCCUUCCUUUGAUCUCCUCACUACACGCUCAGAAUGCUCUUCCCGCGCUCUUCUUUAAUUACGACCGCGGUAGAUGUGAAGAUAUAUGCCAAGAACUGUUGUCACAGCUACUGAACGCUGAGACAAAAUGGAAAGAAGAGAGCCCGGUAUGGAAAUCGAAGAUUGCCAAGUGGGAGGCAUGGAAGACAUCCAAGAACUCAGCAAAGAAGAAGCUUGAAAGGGUUGCCAAGAAGAAGACAAGUGGAAACGCCGACGAAGAGCCAACUUCCAAGGCAGAGCAAGCUAAAGAGUCAGCAUCUGCUGAUUUCGGCUGGCUUGAUCUCUUUGACCCGAAGAGACCUGUCGAUGGAUUCCAUUUGGCCGACUUCAAGAAAGUCACCGCUUCCGAGUUUUAUGUCUAUGCAAAGCAGCUGCAAUGGCGCUCGGUACCUCAAUGGUUGAUUGAUGCCCUAGAGCGAGGAAUUGGUGUCCACCAUGCUGGUAUGAAUCGCAAGUACCGUCAAGUUUGUGAGAUCCUCUUUAGGAAAGGCUUUUUGCGUGUCGUGAUUGCUACUGGCACGUUGGCCUUGGGUAUCAACAUGCCUUGUAAGACAGUCGUCUUUUCCGGCGAUUCCAUUUUCCUGACAGCCCUGAAUUUCCGACAAGCCGCCGGAAGAGCAGGACGUCGUGGAUUUGAUGUACUGGGAAAUGUUGUUUUCCAGCAUGUUCCACCAUCCAAGGUGCAACGACUGAUGAGCUCAAGACUCCCAAGUCUUAAUGGGCAUUUCCCCAUAACAACAAGUCUAGUUCUACGGCUGUUCAUCUUGCUACACGGCUCAAAACAGGCUCCAUCUGCCGUGAAAUCAAUCAACUCUAUACUCUCGAGUCCUCGAAUCCAUCUCGGUGGCCCUGAGAUGAAGCAAACAGUGCUCCACCAUCUCCGAUUCUCCAUUGAAUACCUCCGACGAAACAAUCUUCUUAGCAGUACAGGUAUGGCCUUGAAUUUUGCGGGCUGUAUCUCUCAUCUGUACUACACGGAGAAUUCUAGCUUUGCUUUCCACUCCCUACUGAACUCUGGAUACCUCCAAGAUCUCUGUCAGGACAUAGAGACGAAGCCGAAAAAGACUGUUCAUACUUUGAUGCUGGUCAUGGCCCACCUUUUCGGGCGUAUUCCCCUACGAUCCUCCACCUUGGAACGAUUCCAGAGCGCAGAAAAGAAGCCCUCCUCGAUCGUGGCUCUUCCCCCUUUGCCGAGAAAAGCAGCUUCCGCUCUACGUGCCCACAAUAGACAGGUCCGGGAUAUCUACACUGGAUACGUCUCCACUUUUGUCAAGCAGCAUGUCAAGGAACCCGAACGUUCGCUACCAUUCAGUGGGGUUAAGUGCGGCGGAGAAAGCUCAACCGAGAAACUCGGUUUCUCGGACUUCGAGCAUAUCUCCCCAUCAAUUGUCUCCCCAUUCUUCGCUCUUUCAGGAAAUGGCGACGAGUGCAGUACUGUCUUCGAGCUCAGCCAAAUGGUCCGCAGUGGCGUCUGGAUUGAGGAUUCCGUCAUUCCAUAUGUGCCUGUUGACACCAACGAGAACGCGGUCCCUCUCAAUGCAUACCUGUAUGACUUCUUCAAACACGGAAAUGUUUCUCAGUUGGAGACUGCAAAUCGCAUUCGUCGCGGAGACAUCUGGUUUGUGUUGAACGACUUCUCGUUGACUUUGGCAACUAUCAAGACUAGCAUCGAAGGGUUCCUCAAGCCUGGAGGCAAUAUCGGUGCAGACAUGCUCGACGUUGCUGGUGGAGGUGAUGAUUACGAGAAUCUCCAGGAUGAUAAGGCCGUUGACCAGAUUGAGGCUGAAAAUGCUGGAAGGAUGACUGUGAAACCAGAGGCGAUGCCUCCUGCCCCUGUCCCCGCCUCUCGCCCCAAAGCGAAGAAGGUUGUGGUGGAUAGCUGGGAGGAUGAGAUGGAUGAGGAGGAGGAGGAGGAAAGCGCGGAUGAAGCCGCCGAUGCUUCCAAAGAUGCGACCAACGGGCUCUCCAAGACUACGCAAGAAAAGCCCGUGGACAAGUCUCACAAAUCUAUGCUCUUGGUUGCCAAGGCCUUCAGAGAACUGCACAAUGAGUUUGAUAGCAAGUUCAAGGCUAUGUGGGCUUAA